AUGAAUUUAGGUGAUGAUGAAAUAUGGGUUAAUCACACCAAAUUCGUUUGUCUUAUAGCAAAAUAAGACAAUGAGUAGAAUAAGUUAAUGAUUACAAAACAAGGGAUAAAUAGUAUUGAUAAAGAAAUAAGAGAAGAAUAUGUUGAUGAAAAAUCAAACAUUAAAGUCGAUCCAUUAGCUAAAAAAGGAGUUAGUGAUUUACUAGUAAGAUUAAAAUUAAAAUUAGCUCUUAAAUGAAUUAAAUGAAUUUAAUUGUCUUCAUGGAAUAAGAAUGAGAUAUUCUAAAAAACUUAUUUAUACAUAAAUAGGGGCUCCAAUUUUAGUAGCCAUUAAUCCAUAUUAAUACAUUCCUGAAUUUUAUGAUGAAAAAAUGGUAACAUUCUUUAAAAAAGAAAUGGGAAGGAUGCAUUAGUAUUCAUAUUCUAAAAAUUAGAAUUUCUAAAGAUAUCCUUUAACAAAAAUUAAGAGAUAUAGACCCUCAUCUCUUUAAAGUUGCUUAAAUGUCCUUAGAUCAACUGUUUGAAGAGUCUACAAAAACUAAUCUUAGAAUAUGCUCAAUGAUUAUAUCUGGAGAAAGUGGAUCAGGUAAAACAGAAUCAACUAAAAUUAUUCUCAAAUAUUUAGCUGCUGAAUCAUUAGGUUAAAAGUCCAAAACACCCUCUAUAGAAUAAUAAGUUUUUGCUUCUAAUCCACUUUUAGAGGCAUUUGGAAAUGCAAAAACAGCAAGAAAUGAUAAUUCUAGUAGAUUUGGAAAAUUUAUACAUUUAUAUUUUAAUCCUGUCACCAAAAGAAUUUCUAAUGCAAAAAUUGAUAACUAUUUAUUGGAAAAAAGCAGAGUUGUUAAAUUAAGUUCAGUUGAAAGAAAUUAUCACAUUUUCUAUUAAUUAAUUGCUGCUCAAAUCCCUGAACUAAGUAAGUAAUUAAAUAACCUUUAGAACUUGGAUAAGCUGAAUAGUAUCAUUAUUUAAAAUAAGGAGAUCUGAAAUACAAUAAAAAGGAACUUGAGGAAUUCAAAGAAACUAGUGAUUGUAUGGAUGAAAUGAACUUUACUCCACAAGAAAAACAAUAUAUUUUUUAAGCUCUUGCUGGAAUCUUACAUUUAGGAAACAUCUCUAUAUAAGGAGAUGCAAAUAAAUCAUUCAUAAUUGAAGACUUUUCUUUGAAAACCUCUUGUUAAUUAUUAGGACUUGAUUCUGAAGAUUUGAUUAGAAUAAUUUGCAAAGUUCAAACAGUUAUGGGAAAGGAAGUGAUUAUGAAAGAAAAUAAUAUAGAGGCAGCCGGUAGUGCAAGAGAUACACUCGUUAAGCAUAUUUAUGAGAAAUUAUUUAAUUGGUUAAUCGAAAGAGUUAAUGUAUAACUUUAAGCUUGUGGUUAAGUUUAAGUUCAAUAAAAUACAUCUUAAUAUAUGAUUGGUAUUCUAGAUAUUUUUGGUUUUGAAAUAUUUACAGAUGAAUAAGGAAUAUAGACAAACAGUUUUGAAUAAUUAAAUAUUAAUUUUACAAAUGAAAAACUCUAAUAACAUUUUAAUUCCCAUAUGUUAGAAACUGAAUAAAGUAUCAUAUUUAAUUCUAUCAAUUUAGGUGAAUAUAAUAUGGAAAGAAUAUAAUGGAAUCAAAUUAAAUUUCCUGAUAAUAAAUAAAUAAUUGAUGUAAUCGAGAAUUCAACUUUGUCCAUAUUUAAGUUACUUAUUGAUUAAACUAUUGCUCCUAAAGGUAAUGAUAGAGAAUUUAGUAAUUCAUUUAAAAAAUUACCAAGAUAUUGUGUUUUCAAUGUCUAAGACUUAUUGGCUUAGGAUUCAGAUAUCAAAGUAGAUAAAAAGCAUAAAACUGCUAAAUUUGAUUGGUUUGGAAUCAAACAUUUUGCUGGAUAUGUGAUUUAUAAUGUCUCUGGAUUUAUUGAUAAAAAUAAAGACACUAUCAAUCAAGAAGUUCAUAAAGUUUUGCCAACGAGCAAAAAUCCUAUUCUUAGAGAAAUCUGGAAAAGUCAUCAAAUUACAAAUACAAAUAUUAAAUAGAAUAAUGUCAUAACUAGAUUUUAAAACUCACUUUAAGAAUUACUUGGAAUACUUAAUAAAUCACUUCCUAAAUACAUUAGAUGUAUUAAGCCUAAUAAUACUAAAUCUGCCUUUGAAUUUGACGCUUAAGAAGUAAGAAGAUAAAUGAGAUGUGCUGGCUUAUUAGAAGCAAUCUAAAUUAGAAAGGCAGGGUAUGAAAUUCGACUUUAUCACAAUGAUUUUAUGAAGAAAUAUAGAUUUCUGAUUAAAGGUAAACCUACAAAUAUUAAUCAAAUGAUUAGAUUAUUGAACGAAAAUUAAAUAGUUAAAGAAAAAUUACAGAAAGAAUUAGAAGCCAAAAAUCUUUAGAUUGGAACAACUAAAAUUUUUAUGAAAGAAGGAUUAAGAGAUUUCUUAGAUUAACAGCUAGAAGAAUUUAGAAUUCAAAAGAAAAUUAAAAUUUAAAAAUUUGUUAAAAAAUACAUCUACAAAAAAACCAUUUUUUUAAAACUUAAAAUGCUUUUGUAAAGGCAUUAUAAAUUAUAAAGAUCAUGUAAAUGGUAUUUAUAUAAAGUUGUGUUUUUGGUAAAAAGAAUUAAAAAGAGGAAAAUACUCAACUCCUUUAUUUAAACAAUUUAAAAAUUUGAAAAGAAAAUAGUAGAAUUUUUUGCCUUUUAAAAAUUACAUGAUUAUGCCACUAUUUUAAUAUAGAGAGAUGCUGAAAUUUAGAGAUAAUAAUAAGAGCUAGAGAAAGAAUUAUAGAUAGAAAGUUCUGGAGAAAUCAAUAAAUCAGUCAAUAUAUCUUAAAAAUUAGUUGAAGAUGAUUCAAGUAUUAGUUAAUCUUAACCAAUUUAAUCUUUUAAUAUCAAAACAUUCACUAAACUUGACCCAGUAAGCAAUUCCGCUUCACAUUAUAUGCUUAAAAAGGCUCUGGAUGAGGCAACAUUAAAAUUAAAAUUAGAAUAAGAUAAAAGAAGAGAUUUGGAAGAUUAGGUAGAAAAAUUAUAAAAUAAUCUAAAAUAAUUUGAAUCCUCAGGCAGAGAAACUUUAAAUCCUUCUGCAUUUGGAUAAUUAGAAGACAUAUUUACUUUAUAAAAAUUAACAGAAGAAAAGAAAAUGUUGGAAGUUUAAGUAGAAUAAUUAUAAUUUGAGAAAAAAAGAAUUGGAAAAUCUGUACUAUAUUCAUAUCAUAUUUUAGAGUUUUGAUUAAAUUUAAAAUUUAAGCCUCUAAUUAGCUCAUGCCUAACACACUAAUGAAGUUUUAACUGAGGAUUAUGUAAAUAAAUUUAAUGCUAAUUAAGAAAUUGAGGAAAAGUUAAAAGAUGAAUGGAAUUAAGAAAGAAGACAAUUAGCUAGAGAAUUGGAGGAUUGUAAAAAGGCUUUAUCUAAUUAAAAUAAAAUUGCUUAAAAAGAUAUUUAAAGAAUUAAGAUGGAAUAUGAUAGAGAAAAAUUGAGGGUAGCUGAAUUAGAAAGUGAAGUUUUAAAAGCUAAAUAAAUUAGCGAACUAUAAUUGAAAGAUUCAUAAGUUGAAAUUUAAUUAAAGGAUUAAACAAUAUCCUAAUUGAAUAAUUAAAUCAAAGAAUAUAAUACUAGAUCUCUUAUUCAAUCUUAAGUUAUCAGUUAAAUUAAUGAUACUCCUGAAGUAAUUUAAGAACUCAAUGAAAAAAUUAUAACAUUAUCAGCUACUUUAAAAAAAAGAGAAUUUGAAUAAAGUAGAAAUAAAAAGCUUAUACAUACAAUGAAUCAUCUUGUUAAGCUGAAAAUUAUUGAAGUUAAUGCUCUUCAUAAGCAUUUUAAUAUUGUGCAUGAAUAAUAAAAAUAAGUAUUAUAUAUAUUCAUUUUAUUAAGGAAAUUUAUCAGCCAAUAGCUUAUUUCAUGGAAAAAGAAAAAAUAUUGAUAAAAUAAUUUGAAGAACUAGUUAAAUAGAUGAAUUAAGAAUCGACAGGGCAUGCAGAAAAUUAAUAAAAAAAUGGAUGA